AUGGCCAAGACACUCCCCUUCCGGGACAUCACGGUCCCUAUCCCCGGCUUCGACGCUAUGGGUCUGAGUCACGGCCUGGGCAGUAAUCUCAGCCUCGAAGAGGCCGAACCCGUGUUGCUCAAGGCCAUUGAACUAGGAUGUACCUUCUGGGACAUCGCGGUGAGAGGGAGGUGGCAGGUCAUUUAUGCGGCUGGUGUGAAUGAGAAGCUCCUAGGCGACUCUAUCAAGAAGCACAACGUGCGCGACAGACUCUUCGUUGCCUCAAAGUGCGGUUUCAGUUGCUUCAACGGCGGAGGAAUGACGGUUACGAAUACGGCAGAGCAUAUCAAGGAAUAUACUGAGGGCACCAUUGAGAGACUUGGCUUCACGCCCGAUCUCUACUACCUCCACCGCAUCGAUCCCAUGAAAGACACCCCCUUGGAGGAAUCCAUCCCAGCGCUUGCUGAGCUCCGGGCCGCUGGCAAGACAAAGUAUAUCGGGCUGUCCGAGUCUUCCGCCACGACGCUUCGCAAGGCCAAUUCGAUUGCCCCGAUCGACGGUCUUCAGGCUGAGUACUCGGCCUUCGAGACACUGCACGAGACAGACGGGCUAAUCGACACGGCGAAGGAGCUCGGCAUAGCCUAG